AUGGCGGGGAAUCAGUGGCUAAGAUGUGUGCUGGUCCUGGCCCUGGCGGUAUUUGGGGUCCAAGGUAUCAGUCUUGAUAUCAGCAGCGAGGAUUCGAUCAAAAAUGCAGCAUCAAUCGCCGCCUACGGCAUGAUGAAGCACUACAAAGGAAACGAGUCCGGCGAAAUCCCGGGCAAGAUCCCCAACACUUGGUGGGAAGGUGGCGCCAUGUUCAUGACACUCAUGCAAUACUAUCACUACACGGGGGAUUCCACCUACAACAAGGAAGUCAUCCAGGGCAUGCAGUGGCAGGCGGGCGAUUGUGACUACAUGCCGGCGAACUGGAGUAGCUACAUUGGAAAUGACGAUCAAAUGUUCUGGGGCUUGGCCGCUAUGACUGGUGCUGAACUGAACUUUCCCGACUCUAGCGAUGGGUACUCCUGGCUUUCUCUAGCACAGGGUGUUUUCAACACCCAGGUCGCCCGCUGGGAUAAUUCUACCUGCAACGGGGGUAUGCGGUGGCAGAUUUAUACCUACGAAUCCGGUUAUACCAUGAAGAACGCCAUUUCCAACGGUGGUCUGUUUCAAUUAUCGGCUCGUCUGGCGCGCUAUACUAGCAACCAGACCUACUAUGACUGGGCAGAGCGCAUCUGGGACUGGUCGGUCACGACGCCACUGUUGAGCAACUCAACCUGGAACGUCGCAGACUCGACGUCAACCACAAACGACUGCAGCACCCAGGGCGAUAACCAGUGGAGCUAUAACUACGGCGCCUACCUAGGAGGAGCCGCAUACAUGUACAAUUACACCAACGGUACCAGCACCAAAUGGAUGAACGCUGUCGAUGGCCUGUUGAAUCGCACCUUGAACAAGUUCUUCCCCGCAAGCCACGGCGGUGAAAUCCUGACGGAGAUUCUAUGCGAACCGACCGAGGUGUGCAACGACAACGAAAUCAUCUUCAAGGGCCUGGUGUCUGCCUGGCUCGCCUACACAGCCUUACUGGUUCCAUCCACCUACGAUAGAAUCCUGCCCAAGCUGCAGGGAUCUGCCCAGGGCGCUGCCGCAACUUGCACCGGUUAUGGUAACAAUACCUGCGGUGUGCGAUGGUGGAACAGUACUUGGGAUGGCUGGAGCGGUCUCGAGGAACAGAUGAGCGUUACCAGCGUCUUCUCGUCGAAUAUGAUCGCCUUCUCCAACUCCUCGGCUGCACCGUUGACCUCCAGCACGGGAGGCAACAGCACCAGCAAUCCAUCGGCCGGAACCGAUGACAGCUCCGAUGACAAGACGAUCCUCAGCACGAUUACCACGGGAGACCGUGCGGGAGCGGGCAUCGUGACAGUUGUUUUUGCUGGAGGAUGGGUAGGGUUGAUGGCAUGGUUGAUGCUCGGUUAA